GCUUUUUUGUGUACCUUCGAUUCUCCAGCAUCUGCAGUUCCCUCUUAAACUCUAUAUUUUCUGUGAUCUUCACAUCUAAUGAGGCCAUAAACAGCUUUGAGGAUCACUCCCCGACAACACACCACAAACUGAUAACAAUCUUCAACCAAUCUUAUCAUCCAGUCGGUAACAAUGCAGGAGUAGCCCUUUUUAAAGGUGGUUUUCCCAGUCGCCAGCACCUACUAGCAGCCAGGCACCAUGUUCAACAUGUGGACAGACUAUCUAGAGUUGAGUUCGCUGGUGCAGAGUAUGGUUGAAUCCCGGCACUCACCGGCAGAAUCGAGAAUGGAGACGGUGUGGAGAACACUGGACACUGGGCUGGCCGAUGUGCAGAGCUGGAGGGCAGCUGGUGACUCAAGCCAACCUGUCUGGAAGAACAGCGUUACCGAGAUACAACACACACCAGAAGCGAUGAGGAGCCAGGGUUUGAUGGAACUGGGGGCUGGCCAAUUUUUGACAGCAGACACCGGUGCUGUAGGAAGAAUGUAUCGCAAAGGCAUGAAGGAGCAUCGUCUGCUCAAUGUAUUGGGGGAAUCACAGCACAUCCCAUUGAUUCACAAUUCUCCAUCUCCCCACAGAAGUGCAGAAAGACAAGCUGGUGUAUGGAAUUGUGAAUCCAAUGUCCUGCCAUUAAAACAUAGAGAGGUAAGACAUAACUUGCUGGAAGACCUCUUUCCAUCGACAGGAGGCUCUGGAGAUAAGAAGGCAUCCGGAGAACUUUUAGUUGUGCAUUUUGGGGAGAAUGGCCUGCUCCUCAGGGGAGACAUGUCAGACUGUGAUUUCACUGCCAGUAAGAUGGGUCAACAGUCCAGUGUAUGUACAUUCUGUAAACGAAACGGAGAGUCGAGAAAGACCUACACUUCACAUAUCCUCAAAGACGCAAGCGGCAAGGUUGUUUGUCCAAUUCUACGUGGAUACACCUGCCCGCUGUGCAAUGCCACUGGGGACAAAGCACACACCAAACGCUUCUGCCAUCUUCAAGGUAACUAUCGAUCUACCUACAGGAAAACAUCCAGAAACAUGGACAGCUAAGACUUGUUAGUAAACCACGCUGCAAUGUGGCAUUUUGGGUCGAGAGCCGUCCUCAGAGGAAAGUCACCCAUCCCUUUUCUCCAGAGAUGCUGCCUGACCCACUGAGUUGUAGAGUCGUAGAGUGAUACAGUAUGGAAACAGGCCCUUCGGCCCAACUUUCCCACACCGAUGUUAAUCAUCAUCGUUAAUGUAGCAUAAUAUAUGUAGCAAACGUUUGAUACUUUGAUAUUUUGCUUCUAUGCUCUGUGGAGUUUCUUGUAAUACUUAAUAACAGCCCACAAGUUUAGCAAAUUUAUCUCUGUCACCCCGGUGUGUCAGUCAAGAUCACUUUAGUUUGAAAAGCAGUGUUUUCAUUGUUAAUUAAAAUUGGCAAUGUUGUACUGGCUGAUGCCAAACUGACCGAUCAGUCAAGAUUAACGCAAAAAGCUGGAGUAACUCAGCGGGACAGGCAGAGAGAAGGAAUAGAAAACGUCACCCAUUCCUUCCCUCCAGAGAUGCUGCCUGUCCCGCUGAGUUACUCCAGCAUUUUGUGUCUAUCUUUGGUUUAAACCAGCAUCUGCAGUUCCUUUUUACACAUAUCAGUCAAGUUGACUUUGGUUUGAAAAUUAGUACGUUUAAUAGUUCAUUAAAAUUAGCAAUUGAUAUUGUAAUCACUUUAUUUCAAAGUUGUACUUAUUUAUAUUGAUCUAAAUAAAAUAAAUAUUUUUUAGGUUUUUCCUGUGAUGGAUAUUUUAAAAUGCAAACAUCAUUGCGGUAAAACAAAGCCUAGUUUUCUAUUUGUGCCU